AUGUUUCUAUUAUCUUUCUUGAUUUUCUUGAUUUUCUUUCUUUUGUUCGUCUUUUUUGAUUUAUUCGCGUCUUUUUCUAAUUCCCCUUUCUUUCUUUCUUUCUUUCUUUCUUUCUUUCUUUCUUUCUUUCUUUCUUUCUUUCUUUCUUUCUUUGUCUUUUCCUCUCACAUUCAUUCCUUCAUUCUUUCCUUCCUUCGUUUUCUUUCUUUUUUUUUCUUUCUUUCUUUCUUUCUUUCUUUCUUUCUUUCUUUCUUUCUUUCUUCGUACAUUUUUCCAUUUCCAUUCUUCUGUCUUUCCUACUUUGCUUCAUUUCUUCGUUUUUUAUUGUCCUUUCUUUAUUUUCAUCUUUUCUUCGUUUUUUCUUCUUUCUUUCUUUCCUUCUUUCUUUCUUUUCCUUCCUUCCUUUUUCUUCUUCUUGUCUUUCCUUUUCUUUCUUUCAUCGUCUUUUCUUCUCCAUCAUUUUUUAUUUUCUUUCUUUCUUUCUUUCUUUCUUUCUUUCUUUCUUUCUUUCUUUCUUUCUUUCUUCUUCUUGUCUUUCCUUUUCUUUCUUUCUUCAUCUUUUCUUCUCCUUCAUUUUUUAUUUUCUUUCUUUCUUUCUUUCUUUCUUUUUUCUUCUUCUUGUUUUUCCUUUUCUUUCUUUCUUUCUUCAUCUUUUCUUCUCUUUUAUUCUUUCUUUCUUUCUUUCUUUCCUUUUUCUUCUUUUUGUUUUUCCUUUUCUUUAUUUCUUCAUCUUUUCUUCUCCUUCAUUUUUAUUUCCUUUCUUUCUUUCUUUCUUUCUUUCUUUCUUUCUUUCUUUCUUUCUUUCUUUCUUCUCUUUUAUUCUUUCUUUCUUUCUUUCUUUCUUUCUUUCUUUUUUCUUCUUUUUGUUUUUCCUUUUCUUUCUUUCUUCAUCUUUUCUUCUCCUUCAUUUUUUAUUUCUUUCCUUUCUUUCUUUCUUUCUUUCUUCAUCUUUUCUUCUCUAUUUUUUAUUUGCAAUCUUUAUACCGAGAUAAUUUUAAACGACGUCAUUUCAAUGCAGAACCUGCAACGACCCUUCAAAUUCAAUUCAGCGACUAUUCAGGUGGCCCGCCACACCGUUACCUGUUAUUAUCUUAA